CUGGGAGGGUUGUCGUAUCCGUUGGGGCAGGCUCGCUUAUGCCGGAGAAUAUACACCAUCGAACAAAGUCUCCUCAUACUGAAUACCGGAUCCGGUGAAAGUCCGCAAUGUUGUAUCGCGUCGUUUUCUGCGGUAAAGGUGUGAUGGUGCGGUGACACUACUUCCAGACCUGAAUUUUAUUGAUAAGUGCUCGUCCAAAUUCCACGUUUUUAAAUUAUCUCGCUGUUGAAUUAUCUACCUAUGUCGCUGUUGAAUUAUCUACCUAUGUCGCUUGUGAAUUCUCAUCCAGAUGGCGUAUUCGUUAUUACAUGAAAACGUUAAACGUUCGUUUGAAAGUCGUAGGCAACGUUACCGCCCGUUGGAUUACCUGGCAAAUUCUUCUCUAGCUGAAUUAUCGAACACUUUGUAACCGUGAAUACUCUUGCUAAUAACUCUUAAUGACGUCGUCAUUGAUGUACAUUAUUCAGAUUUCAUCACAGUGUUACACAGCCUCUUCCGUUUGAUUCACUUCACCAGAUAAAUUUGAAGUGGAAAGAAGUGACAGAUGAUUCUUCCGAAAAAUUGUCAGACGACUGGAUUCUACGAGGAAUCAAACGUACUUUCCAGUUCCGGUGGGGUCGCCGGAAGUAGCUGAGCGUGACGGGGCUAACGGAAAAACGUGGGAACUCGCAUCGCACAACUGCACUCCAUCGCUCCAUUAGUCGACAUACGCUAAACGAGCUCGUGGAUAAUCGCAUUAUACACUUUGCGACAAAUGUUGCUCUAGCGCGAGAAAACUUCCAUCGUAAAUUGCUAUCGUAUUUAAAUCUCUUUCGUAUUGGCGGUGUAAACCAAGACGAGUAUAGUACAAAAGAACCAUACGGAAAAAAGAAAAGAAGAAAAGAAAAUAACGGAGGAGAUUAACUUGUUUGUUGUUGAGGUGAUACCUUAAUUGCCUCGUCGGAAGCACUCAACGGCUAUUCAAUUAGAUGGGUGGGAAAACAUUGUAUCGAUUAAACUGUGCGAAAGACCCGCGAUAAGAAAAUUCGCAGGAGAACGAGUCCAUAAAAUACACUGAAGUCUCCUUCCGCUGUGACCUUAUUAAUUAGCGUAUUAAAGCGGCGUGAAGUCAGUUUAAUUAAAUGUGCGCAAGGUAUCUCUUGAACUCCGAGAGGGAAGGUCCAACUACAGGACGCUCCAAUACAGAUACUCGGAAGUUAAAUGGAAUUAGUUCUAGUCUCAAAUAAAUGAGUUCCUGACCGUCCGACUAAAUUUUUCAUUUAUACAGUCGAAUAAUUAUGAGACUCGAGAAAUUCGCAUUAGAAGAUCAUUGUCUCAGAUCACAUGACACCGAUUACAACUCUAGAAGAAUGAAAAACGAAAUUCGCUAGAGAGCGAAAAGAGAAUCGGAAUUCGUGAUGGUCUUCGCAGUAAUAGACAUAUUGAGGACGCACGCAAUCAUCGUUUAAAAAUAACGAAACGCAAAGAGAUCGCUAAGGAAGCAUCAUCACGCAAGACGAGGCUAACUGCAUUGUAGCCUGGCGUGCGGUAAAAUACGUGGUUUCCCGCUGUUUGCCUGCGAAGGUGCUCUGUGGUAUCUGUGUCUGCGAUCUGCGGACUGAAGAGAGACAGAGCGAAGGCAUUCAAAGAGAAGAAGAACUUAGUCGCGGGACUAGGAACGAGGAGAGAAAGACUGAUAGGAAUCCCACUCUUCUCUAGGUAGAAUCUGUGACGUCAGCCUGGAGCAAGUUGUAUGACCAGUUUGCUGCUAAAGAGAGGCAAAAGAGUAGAAGAAGAGGAAGGAAAAAAAGCGAGGAAGGAGAGCGGGAGAAAUAAGAAGAGGCAAUAGUCUUCUCUCUCACAUUCAUCCGCGUUUUUACCGGUUGGCUCUCUCUAAAGCAUCUCGCGCCGCCAUGUCAUCCGCGCACCAAGACAUCCAUCAGCAGCAGUAACGCGUUUGCCCCUACCUCUCUCUUCUCUCUCUCUCUUUUUCUCUCUAUCUGUCUUCGCGGCAUCCAUUCAGUGGCCGUUGUGUCGGACUAAAAUUACCCCGGUCGGCUGAUCGCCGUGAUCUAAGCGCGAGCGGAGUGCUCGCUCCAGCGUGAAACGUUUCGGAGCAGAUCGCGUCAAGGAGGCGCAUCUCUUGAUGCAUCGAAUAUGUGAAGACGUCGUGCGACAUCAGUGAUAUAAUCGUUUCGUGAUUUAAUCGAGAAACCCUGCGCUCGAUGGAAAGUGUACGUCAUUUCGAGUUGAUGAAUAAUACAAGCAUUCAGAGUCUACAUAGCAGAGGUGAAAGAAAUCGAAAGGUCAUUGACGAAUCGAUAUGUAGACUCACGUAAUGCUUAUAGUGGGUCUUUCGAAACCUCAUCGAGACAUUUGGGUAACUUGAAGAGAAACUUCGUAGAUUUUUCUCUCUUUCUCUCUCUCUUAUUGUGUAUGAAAGAUAAACGUGCUACACGCUUAAAGAUCACACCUGUAAGUCAGUGCGCAUGGAUGUCGUUGAACGAUUGUUGGAUAUCGCGAAUGGUUCAUCAAAGGAUACCUAAAACUGCUAACGGUCCGUUGUAUUUGGAUACUUGAAGAGUGUGAUACUACUCAUCGUGAAAACAUCGUUGCUCGAGAGAAAUGGGAAACCACCCAUCCGCCCACCAGCCACUCGAGAGGGCCAGCCAUGCUGGAAAUGGUCUUCGUCUCUCGAAGCGCGAGAGAUCGCCGGGGAAAAGAAUGGAUCGGCUUCGACGAAGCUUCCGGGAUAGCUUUCGCCGACGGAAAGAAUCUCACGUACCCGAGUCCAGCAAGCCCCAUCAAUGGCAAGCUGAUGAAAGUGCAGUACGUUCAGCCACGUGCGCUUUUCACGUCAAGUACCUGGGAUGCGUAGAAGUGUUCGAAUCGAGGGGUAUGCAGGUUUGCGAGGAAGCCCUUAAAGUUCUCCGAAAUUCGAGGCGAAGACCAGUUCGGGCGAUACUUCACGUAUCCGGUGACGGACUGCGCGUUGUAGAGGACGAAACGAAGGGAUUAAUUGUCGAUCAGACGAUCGAAAAGGUUUCAUUCUGUGCACCUGAUAGAAAUCAUGAAAAGGGGUUCAGUUAUAUCUGCAGGGACGGUACAACGAGGCGAUGGAUGUGCCAUGGAUUUUUAGCAUUGAAGGAAUCGGGGGAAAGAUUGAGUCACGCAGUGGGUUGCGCCUUUGCCGCGUGUCUGGAAAGGAAGCAACGACGGGACAAAGAAUGCGGAGUUACAAUGACUUUCGAUUCAAAGACUUCCACCUUCACGAGAAGCGGCAGCUUCAGGCAACCUAGUCUCACGGAACGAUUGCAGGAAUCACGCGAUCGUGCAGUAGAUGUUCCUCCGGUCAAGCAGGUGUAUAAUCCCUUCGCAAUCGAGAGGCCGCACGCCACUCCGUCUAUGCUCGAACGACAGGGUUCUUUCCGAGGUUUCACGCAGCUUAAUCAAGCAUCCCCAUUUAAAAGGCAGCUCAGUCUACGAGUCAAUGAUCUUCCUAGUAAUCUGGAACGCACACGUAGUCACAGCCUCGAGCCGACGGAUUUGUCGCGAAUGCCAUCAGCUCUUUCGCACAUUGUACCUUUGAAACCGCCGGAGUUCGAAGGAUAUGACGAAGUGAGUCCAAUACCAGAAAUAUCUCCCGGUGGCCAAGAUAGCGUCUCUGCGAUGUGUCAGCAACUUUCUCGAGGGCUUUCUCUGCUUUCGAGCAGCGACGACUUUGGACCAUUGCCGCCCCAACUUACUGCGAGCUCCGUCGCUAAACAACUUUUCACGAGCAUCACCGCUAACUCUCCUCCAGUAACGAGUAGCAGCUCGUUGGACGAGAUGAAACUGCAAAACGGUCCCAGCAUUAAUAACAACAACGACAAAAGCGACGAGCUCAGCAAUUUGAAUCAUGUUGGGCCCAGCUGGCAAGAGUCGGCAUCCCCUGUUCUCGCGUCGAACCAUAGGCUCACUCCGCUUCUUAAAGCAAACAACUUGAGUCCCGUUCUUCCAAGGACGAACGCGCCCACUCCGGUCGUUAUGAGCACACCAGCACCUGUUUCUUCUGCUGUAGGUGCUUUUGGCACACCACCGUCAGCAGCAAGCCCCGCUUUUAGCACAGCUUCUACGUCCUCUUUGAGAAAUACGCCUACGCCGGCUGCGAACAGAUCACCGAUACCAUUAAAUUCGGCAAUGACACCGAAAACAAGUUCUCCUAGUGCCAGCGUAGCGUCCGUCUCUUCGGCAUUAUCGACUUCGACCGACGUCGCCCAAGUUUCAUCGGCAACCGGUGUUUCGACAGCUUUAGUACAACCGCUUUCCACGGCAGCCGGUUUGCCGAAACCAGAACAAUGGUUGGGUAGUAUAACCGGCUCUGUACCAUCGCCGGUACCGCAGCAGGUACCUGCCAGUCCUCGGCGAGCACCUCCGCUUCACGCCAGGGCGCUUUCGCUUGGAUCAGCCGCGAUGGGCCAGGCUUCCAGAGGAGGACCAUCCGAUCCCUUCGAUGUCGAAUGGGCGGAAAUCGCCGCCAGAAAUCUGCGGCAAUCAACCACGACGACGAAUCCUUUUAUUAUGCCGAACGCGACCCAGGCGUUUCAGGUGCAGUUGUAGCGUCAGGAGUUCAUUAACAACGUCGCCAAGUAUUUCCGUUCGAACACAUAGCGGCAACAAACACGUUCGCGUUUCGACAUCGAGCACGAUCGAAAAUACUACACGUGAGCUGCCGUGUCUUCGAAUCGACCUCGGAUGCCGUCGAAUGCUAUCGCGUGCAUAAUACCGCGAUCGAGCAUCCGGUUGGAUGGUACGAGUUCUCUCUCGACGGGACCCAAAGAGAAGUCAGAUCCCGAAAAAGAGUAAUGAUCUUUCUCUUAUCGAGUCGGCAUUUAGUAGCAACGACAGUAGCAGCGAACUUUAAACCAGCACAAAGAAAAUAUCAGCGUAAAUUACUUUAUAGAUAGAUAAAUAUACGCGCACAGCCUUAACGACCUCAGUAAAAAUAAAAAAUGGUACACGCAUAAAUGCAUAAAAGCAAACGUUCGGGAGAUGACGUGACAGGAGAUACACAGUUUCACGCACCGAAUAAUAACAAUGGCUUACAAGCUCGUCAGCCGAUUAUAAGGAGAAGCAAUAGAUGUCGCGAAAUAUCAAAGGAUUUCCCGACAGUAUCGAUAAUUAUAUUCAAUGUCUGUCACGCGAUAUAUCAUAAUUGGAUAUUCCAAUUAUCUUGAGUAGAGUUAGGCUCGAACCGCGAGCGGUUAUCGUCGUUCUGCAUGAAAAACGAAAUUGUAUGCACCCAAGAGAUUAUACUGCACCCUUAACGAUUUUUUUCUUUUUCAAGAGAGAAAAUUAUGCGUAGUGUAGUCGCUCUUCGUGAUCAUGUCUCGCGAACUGGAUCACGAAGUGAGAUAAUUGUACCUUUCGCAAAAGAGGAAUUUGCAUUUCCGGCGGGCUCACCCGGCUCAGACAAGCACUUAGAUAGACGAAUGACGUUUCACCAUACGUGAAAUGUCAUUAUGCAGGUGGAUUAACAUCCGCGUGAGGGACUGUGAUAUCGAUGGGAAGUGGCCAGUACUUAAGCGAACAGGGUCGAAGAGAAGUAUCGUGAAGAACUUGCUCAAGGUCGUCGUGCCGCGCGAUAAUAGAGAAUAAGAGCGAUCGUGAGCUCGGGUACCGCGGACUUUAUCGUCCUGUAUAGCCGGCAGAAAACACCCAUAUAGAUUACUUAAAUAAAAAUUAGCUGUUGAAGAUUAUAGCGAAGAUAUUGUCUUACAUUAUCGUCGUCUAUUAUAUACACACACACACGAUCGUGUUGCAUUUAUCGUAAAGACCGAGGAUCGUGGGAUGAUGAGAAAAUUCUCGCACGAGGACAACGCUCGCGGAAAGAUUUCCUCGAGGGUCUUUCCUCGACGGUGCUUCCGCUCUGUAAUAGCAACAGCUGUGCGAAAAUCGUUCGCUGAGUCGAUCCUCGAAAUAAUGCGAAUUCAUAUCUAUGAUCUAAUUGCAAUCAAGUGCAAAGGAGUUUCCUCAGUCCCGUAUAGAAAUUGAUCGCGUUUCGCGAGAUAUCAGUAUUGCGCCUCUAGCAGCUUUCAGUCUUUCAAAUUAACGGCUGCACUUUCGGUUUUUCGAAACGGAUCGAGGGUAAACGUCGAGGAAGGCCAAGGCAGAUAAUCACAAGAGGGAUAAUUGAGGCGUGCAUGUGUGUAUGCAUUGUAUAUAGAUUAAUUAUUUAAAGUAUGAAGCGACAGUGUAGGAACAUGAGGGAAUGUAUGAAAAAAUUAUAGAAAGGAAAAGAGAGAGAGAGAAAGAAAGAAGAAGAAGACAUAAUGGAAUCAGUUAGUAAACCGGCGACUCAGCAAUGAUGCGAGAGAAAUUCUUCCUAGAGUUUAAUCGAAGUGUAAUAAUAUGUUAUAAAUAUGAGUUUCGGGGAUUAUAUGAAGAGAAGACGCAACAAUAUUGCAUAUGAGAUCUGCGUGAUUUCUAAUUUAUUUGCGGAUUUUAUUAUACAGCAUCCUCCUUUUCUUGAGUUACUUUUAAGAAUAGCAGAUUGUCAUAGAUUCGCAGUCAUUCUGAUAAGUAUGUACGUAUAUGUACAAUACUACGAUAUAUAUGUAGACAUUCCUGCAAUACUCCAUACCGAGAUAUAUAUAUAUAUAUUUACGCGACAUGAGUUUUUUUAAUCGCGAGAUUUGAUUUCGACGCAUUAAAAUCGCAUCCAAUAUAAUUUAUUUAUUUAUUUCGAUAUAAUCACGCUGCGAACAUGAAGCUACCUAUAUCGAUAUUCUUCCACACGGCAAAUACUGUUUAAGAAGUAUUACCGCUUUGAUUGCGUAUAAUAAGAUCUUAAUCAGAUAAAUGAUUUAAAAGAAAUUAUUAUUGGCGAUUGUGGAAGUGAAUGAUAUGCAUCUAUUUCUGCGAGAGAAAUUUUUGCCGUCAUUGUUGCGAGUUGUUUAGCGAAAAUGAACUUGGUUUUUCGAGCCACCUUCCGUCCGUCCCGAAAAUCAAAAGGUAACAAAGAGAUAACAAAAUUAAAAGCGCGAAGAAAUUUAAACGAAUACUGUAAAGCAGCAGCAGCAGGGAAUGAUCGUUGAGUACUUAUAGCGGUACUUAUCGAAAAAGAAUAUUGAUUAAUCAAUGUACUUAAAUAUUAAUACAUGUAGAGAGCUCGUUGCUGACGAUAUCGACGCACAUCGUCGAUCACUUCGUCUUUAUUUGUUUUUUUUUUUUUUUGUAAUUUUUUCCUCGAAAUAGUUUUUUCGUUAUUUCAUUCAUUUCCUUAAGAAAAAGAGAGAGAAAGAGAGAGAACGAGGAAAAAUAUGUACAUAAGCAGCAUAGUAAUUCGUUAUAACAUUAUGACGUUUAUUUACGUACUUACUGAUUUUUUUCCUUUUACGUUUCUUGGUCGAUGUAUGCUAACAUGGUUCAUUUGACUAGGAUCGAAAAGGAGUGAUAGGCGUCUUGGCUGAUAUUAUAUCCAUUUCUAUGAUGCUUCUGCGACUUCUGGGCAUUUGAUGUUUUUUUCUUUUGUUAUAACUUUUAAUGAAAGAGUCUCGUUCGUUUGUAUCCAUCUUUUUUAUCGCGCCUGGAAAAGCGCGGGGGAUCAGCCAAGACGUGUUCCGGUGUCUCGUUCGACUGAAACAGAUGAAUGCAUUUAGAAAAAAUGGAUAACAGAAAUAAACUUACACACAUCUACAUAUCCAGAGAAAGAGAUGCCGGGACAAGAAUAUAUAGGCAAAUAUAUGCACCGCGUGCCAAAUUCAAAAGUGCAACCGCGUUGCCUGCCAAUUGGUACAUCGCGCACGCUUCCGUGGUUGUGUUGUACAUAGUGUCGCCGGUCGAUUCCUGGAUCACAACGUACGACUUAAUGCGUGUAUAUUUCGUAAAAGUAUCCUUGUUCAUUUUACAUUGUAUCUGCCACUGUAAAAAUACGAUUUAUUAUAUAAUAUCUGUUGUGAUUAUGAACAGGCCUUUUAUUUCUUUCGCGAAAUAUAUCUCCGCACUCUUUUCAAGUCAAUCUCUUUCCAGUCUCAAUAAAAAAUGCGAUAUUUAUCUUUAUAGCGACCAAACAAGAUGGAGAAGAGGAAAAAAAUGGUAAUUUGUAAUAAUAAAUAUGAUAUUCAGGUCUCAAUAGCGUGAAAAUGAUUGAAAAAUAUUCGUUUUUUCUUCGAAUUACGCGAAUGUCAAUAUUGUCAAUAUUGGUUUCUAAUAUUUUAUUUUUGAA